AAACUAGAAUCUUUACCAACGUGAACAAGUAAGGGAGACUAGGAGGAAUGAAAUGAGAAAACUUCGGUCCUCAAAGUCCCAGAAAAGUCACUUAUGGCCUCUUAAUAUAUCAUUAAAUAUAAAAUGCAACUGUGAAGAUAUAGUUACAGCUUUUGUGUUAAUGAAACUGCAACAAUUAUUAUGACUCAGUACCCUGAAGAUGGAGAACUUCAGCGAACAAAAAGGGCAUUUAUGGGGGUAAUAUAAUGUUGAGACCUGGAAUUUAAACUUCAGCCAUUACUUGAAGGUAUGGUGAAACCAACAGAUGCGGAGAAGAUUGCCAUUGAAAAAAUAGUUUUUUACUCACAAUUCUCAAGAAGAAGGGUCAUGUUAUAUACCACAAAGACCCACACAAAACAACACCAAGCACUGGAGAUUGAACCCUCUACUGCAAGUCCUCUACUACUAGCGUCUAACCUGUAUGGAAUCUGAGGCUUCUUCCUUUGAACAAAAUGAUUCUCCUACAGUUGUGCCUAUUACUACUCCUGAAGCAAAUGAUUCACUCAUAUCACAGAAUAUACCAAGGCCCCUGACUCAGACAAUUGCUCAGACUGCUGAGCAAUUCCAUCUAGUGGACCAAAAUGGACAACCUAUUCAAUAUGAACUUCAAUCACUGGAAGAUUCUAAUACACAAAUGAUGAUUGUUGCCAGCCCAUCAGAAAAUGGACAGGUGCUUCGAGUAAUUCCAUCUAUUCAAACAGGAAUGACCCAUGUGAUUAUACCUCAAGAGCAGCUUGUUGAUGUGAAUAGUCCUCUGGAUGUCUCUGAAGAGAAACCCAGUGAUAACCUACCAACUGUAGAUGAUCUUGCAGACAAUACCAGUAGUUACAUUCUUCAUCCACAAGCAUCCCUCACAUUGCCCAAAAAGUCAGUGACCAGAAUGGUUGAAGAACCUUUGCUGGCUCCUCUUCAGCCACUUUCUUCUAAUACACCUAUAUGGGCCUGCCGUCUUAGAAGCUGUGAGAAAAUUGGUGAUUCAUACCGUGGCUACUGUGUCAGUGAGACUGAAUUAGAAAGUAUCCUAACAUUUCACAAGCAGCAAACACAGAGUGUGUGGGGGACCCGCCAGUCUCCAAGUCCAGCCAAGCCUGCCACCCGCCUGAUGUGGAAAUCCCAGUAUGUCCCAUAUGAUGGAAUCCCAUUUGUCAAUGCAGGGAGUAGAGCUGUAGUAAUGGAGUGUCAGUAUGGGCCAAGGAGAAAAGGUUUCCAGUUAAAAAAAAUUAGUGAGCAGGAAAACAGGUCUUGUCAUCUCUACAAAGCCACUUGUCCAGCCAGGAUUUACAUUAAGAAGGUACAGAAGUUUCCUGAAUAUAGAGUAUCUACAGAUCCCAAAAUUGACAAGAAAAUAAUUAGAAUGGAACAGGAGAAAGCCUUCAACAUGCUAAAGAAGAACUUGGUAGAUGCUGGUGGCGUUCUUAGGUGGUAUGUACAGUUACCUACACAGCAAGCUCAUCAGUAUCAUGAAUUAGAGACUCCUUGCCUCUCUUUAUCACCCUCCCCCUUUCCUGUGGCUUCUAUCGAGGAAGAGGAAGCUGCACUUAGAGAUGAGAAUUGUGCAUUACCUUCACGUCUUCAUCCUCAGGUUGCACAAAAGAUUCAAGAGCUGGUGUCACAGGGAGUAGAACAAGUAUAUGCAGUAAGGAAACAGCUACGAAAAUUUGUAGAAAGAGAGCUGUUCAAACCUGAUGAGGUACCCGAAAGACAUAACUUAUCAUUUUUUCCAACUGUAAAUGAUAUAAAAAAUCAUAUCCAUGAGGUACAGAAAUCCCUGAGAACUGGAGAUAUGGUAUAUAACUCAGAGAUUAUUCCAGCAACGCUUCAGUGGACAACAGAUGGUGAGAAUAUUCUCAGAGAAACUGUGACAGUUACAUUCGCCGGAGGAAAUUCACCAGGAGAAUCAAUUAACACCAAAGUGGGAACAACUCAGACAGGGGCUUCUUUGUCUCCAGAGCCAAAUCAAUUGCUCUCCUCAUUGCCCUCAUUACAGCCCAAAAUAUUUACACAACUACAGGGUUUGCAGUUACAACCAAGAAUCACCUCCCCUGAAGGAUCACCAAAUCUACUAUCAGUAAAUAACCAUCCCUCCUCCAGUCCUUCAAGACUUCUGAAUUCUACAGGAAGUACCAUAAUGAAUAAUAAUUCUCUACUGCUUGGUCAAAGUCAUAGCCUUCAAACAGAUAUAUGUCUAACUCAAAACAAUAGUACUGCCUCUGCUAUGGGUAACCUCCCAGAACCAGAUCAAACUCUAGUUGCCGUGGAUCAGCUGGUGGAAGAUGAUGUUGAAAAUACUGAGAAUCUGGAAGGAAGUGUUCAUAGGAUUCUGUUGGGAGAUAUGCACACCAUUCCAAUACAAAUUAUAGACAACCACUCAGCUCUUAUUGAAGAAAAUCUGGAAGGUACUAUUUCUAUGAAUCAAGUUAAGCAAGAACCCAAAGAAACUACAUUGUCUAUGGAAGCAAAAAAUAAAUUGGACUGUAAGACAUUAUCUGCUACAUAAAUUUUUGAAGCUUUUCAGAAUUUACAACUCUGGUGACUUGUGAUAUUUAUAAAAGAAGGUGAAUAUUGUCAAAAUGCAGCAUUGUGAUAACUGGACUGAAGACUAGUUUGACUUAAAACUGGUAUAUUGUUGCCAAUUCCAUAUUUUUUACCUUCCUUAAGAGAUAUUACUCUUUAUUUUGUAUAAUUUUUAUGUUUGUUGAUUGUCUAAUAAUCCAGAUUUCAAAAGAUUGUUAUCCACAGUAAUUUAUUCUGAACACAAAUGUUAACAUAGUCCAUCCCUGGAUAUAUCCAAUUAUGAUCUUAAUAGACAAAGGAGAACAAUAACAAAAACAGUAUGUGAGUGUAUAUUUGUUUUGAUAUAUGUAUGUCAUUAAGAUGUGAAGAAAUUUUUAGUUAGCAGGUAAGUGAGAAAAUAUUUAUAGUAUCUUACCUAGAAAGGUAAAGCAUUAGAUUUUCCAUGACAUAAAGCCCAGCAGCUGCAUUUGUGGAAACUGCAGUUUCAUUUUGGCCUCUUCCUUGUAAUUUUCAAACUUCUUCACUACAAACCAAUAUUAUAACAAUGAUUAACUGACAGAAUUUAAGUGUCUUGGUAAGUACUGAAUUGAUUAAAUUGAUUACUUAAAUUGAUUAAAUAAGCAACAGAAAUCAGAUUAUAUGGCAUGGAUUUCAGCUGUACUGGAGUAAAGUCCUGUCUAAGGGUAAAAAGAUAAAGAAAUGGAGAGAAUUUAGAAAGAGAGGCUUUUUGAUGAUAGUAGAGGAUUUUUUUUGUUUUGAAGAUUCAGUGCUGAUUAGAAAAUAAUUUGCAUUGUAUUUACAUUUUUUCCAUAACAUAGUUCUUAAUGAAUGAGUAUUAGGGUUCAUAAUAUUUCAAGGUAAGUAUAUAAUAUACAGUUUAAAAGUUAUACAUUUAACAUUUUAAAAUAUUUGUUAAGUAAAUGGAUUUGCUUCAAAUGCAAAUAAAUACUAAAAAAUUGUUCAUUAUAAGCAUCUGUUUUCUGGAAGAUUGGCAAGCUAGAAAUGUUAAAUAUAGCUGUCAAGAAAUCAGUGUAAUCCAGUACACAUAUGUAAUUCCAGCCCUCAGACAGAAGGAUUGUGAUUUCAAGGCCAACCUGAGAUAAAUAGUAAGACCCCCAUCUCAAAAGAAAUUUGUGUGGCAUAUUUAAAAUUUUAUGUUUUAAAAAUAAUUAUUUCAAAUAGCUAUUAAAGCUUAUUUUCAAGGCAUAUACAUAUAGUAUGAAAUUUACCAUGAUUACAUGGAUCUCAGUCACUUUUGGCUCUCAUUCCCAAUUCACUUUGUUUCAAGUAUGUAAGAUGUAUCUAAAUGUAUUGGAAAUAAAAAGAAUUCUAAAAUU